AUGGGUAAAGACUAUUAUAAAAUUCUUGGUGUUGAUAAAGGCGUAGACGACGAAGCACUUAAAAAGGCCUAUCGAAAAUUAGCAUUAAAAUGGCAUCCGGACAGACAUCAAGGUGAUAAAGAUAAGGAGAGCGCAGAAAUAAAGUUUAAGGAAAUUAGUGAGGCUUUCGAAGUACUUAGUGAUAAAAAUAAACGACAAAUCUAUGAUAUGUAUGGUGAAGAAGGUUUGAAAGGAGGAGCUCCGCCGCCUGAUGCGGGUGCUGGUUUUGCAGGAGGAUUUCCAGCCGGUUUCAACUUUCCCGGUGGUGGUGGCACGACAUUCACGUUUUCUUCGUCCGAUGGACGAGGUUUUAAUCCAUCAGAUCCAAAUACUAUCUUUAGUCAAUUCUUUAAAGGCUUUGGUGAUACUGAUGAUGAUUUUACGAGUGCAUUUCCCGGUGGUUUUCGUGGAUUUGGCUCGAAGAGUAAAAUGUCAAGUGGUUUUGGUGAUUUUGGUGAUUUUGGAAGUGAUAUCUUUAAUAGACAACGUGGGUCAGAUGGAGUGUCAGAAGUUAAACAUAGUCUGCCGCUAAGUCUUGAAGAGAUAUACAAAGGCACCACCAAGAAACUUAAAGUUAAGCGAAAACUUAUUGAUAGCGCUUCCGGUAAAGUAGUGCAAACCGAUAAGGUCUUGGAAAUAACUGUUAGGCCAGGAAUGAAAGCUGGAUCGAAAUUUAGAUUUCCAAAUUCUGGAGAUGAAUUGCCGAACGGUGAAACACAAGACGUUGUAGUAACUUUGGAAGAAAAACCACACCCAGUUUAUACACGUGAUGGAGACAAUUUACAUAUAACUUUACAAAUUAGUUUACUUGAAGCACUUGUAGGAUUUAAAAAGACCAUUCAAACAUUGGAUGGUAGGAAUUUGGUUAUCACAAAUACUAGUGUAAUUUCUCCAGGUCAAGAACAAAGAUUUGCUAAAGAGGGAAUGCCCACAAAAGAUCCAAUUAAAAAAGGUGAUCUUGUGGUGAAAUAUAACGUUUUGUUUCCUGCAAAGUUAUCAGAGGCUCAAAAAAGCCAACUCCAAAACAUUUUAUAG